AUGGCUGCUCCUCAGUUGACUCAGAUUCUGCCUUCUGUCGAAGAACAUACAAGAGAUACGAUCAAAACAUUAUUCGAGUUCCUCCACGCUCAAGGCCAGGGCGAUUAUCUCGGCGAGCGAGUCACCCAACUGGCUCAUUCUCUUCAAUGCGCAAAUCAUGCAGUCCAAUCUGCACAAUACGGGCAGGACCCUGAGGUCAUUCUUGCCGCAUUGCUUCAUGAUGUUGGCCGUUUCAUUCCUGCCGCUAAUAAAAUGGGAAAAAUGAUUACGCCAGAUGGUCAAUACAUUGGUCGACAAAGUCAUGAAGUUCUUGGCGAGUCUUAUCUACGUCAGAUCGGGUUCAGUGAAAGGAUCUGUCAGCUUGUCGGUGCUCAUGUCAUGGCGAAGCGGUAUCUUGUUUCUACAGAUAAGACCUAUCAUGAUGGGCUCAGUGAGACAAGCAAGAGAACUCUCCGGUUCCAGGGUGGCGGUUUCACCAAUGAGCAAGUACUUGAAGCUCAAAAGGACCCUUGGCUUGGUGCAAAACUCGCCGUCCGGAGAUGGGAUGACCUCGCCAAGGACCCAGAAAUUGUUGUGCCUGAGCUCGAGGCCUACGAAGAGAUCGCAUAUCAAUGCCUACUAGAAUCCCGAGAAAAGUUCAAGCUUCACUCCAGGGAAUACCGCAUCCCAACUCAACCCACCGUCGUCAUAUGCAUCGAUGGAUUCGACCCGAAGUAUCUCGAGUCCGCUUUUGAAAGAGGCUUGUUACCAACAUUCAAGAAAUUCGUCGAUUGCGGAUUCCAUUCCACAGCUAAAAGCUGCAUGCCCUCCUUCACCAACCCGAACAAUGUAUCUAUCAUCACCGGGGCACCUCCAGCAGUCCACGGAAUUGCUGGAAACUUUUUCCUUGAUAGAAAAACAGGCGAGGAAAAGAUGAUAACAGAUGACUCGCUUCUGAGAGGAUCCACUCUUCUCCAGCAGAUGCAUCAGCGUGGUGUGCGUAUUGCUGCUAUCACUGCCAAAGAUAAGUUGCGGAGAAUUAUUGGACAUGGUUUUAACAAGGGUGCGAUCUGCUUUUCGGCGGAGCGCGCGGCUGAAUGUACGCUUGAAAAGAAUGGCAUUGACAAUGUGGAGGAAUGGCUAGGCCAACCUGCUCCAAGUCAAUAUUCAGGCGAGCUCUCGCUAUUCGUGCUCGAUGCGGGAAUCAAAUUACUCCAGGAAGGACGAUCGGACUUUCUAUAUCUUACGCUGUCUGACUAUAUACAGCAUAAGCAUGCGCCUGGAAGCAAAGAGGCAGAUGAAUUCAUAGGCUCGAUUGACGAGCGACUCCAGACACUGGCUGGUCUUGCUCCUGUCAUCGGGGUUACCGGAGAUCAUGGAAUGAGCCAAAAGUCGAACAGUGAUGGAGAGCCUAACGUCUUGUUUUUGGAAGAAGCCAUCAAUGCUGAAUUUGGAUCGGGUUUCUCAAGAGUCAUCUGCCCGAUAACGGAUCCUUUCGUUCGGCAUCAUGGCGCACUUGGCUCAUUCGUGCGGGUCUAUUUGAAAGAUUUCACGACGUUGCAAUCCGUACUUUCCUUCUGCCAGAGUAUCCCCGAAGUCGAAGAGGCAUUGGGCGGACCAGAUGCAGCGAGCAAGUACGAGAUGCCGCUCGACCGCGAAGCUGAUAUUGUUGUCAUAUCGAAGGAUCUUGCCGUCAUUGGCAGCAAGAAGUCCGACCAUGAUCUUUCCAAUGUCAAGGAUCACCCCCUACGCUCGCAUGGCGGUCUGAGCGAACAGGAUAUUCCGCUUCUCAUGUCGAAGCCCAUCAGAAGCAUAGAUGGAAAGGCUAAUGGUUGGAGGAACUAUGAUGUUUUCGACCUUGUUCUGAAUUUGUGUUGA